AUGUGCGGAUACGAGAAGGAGCAACGUAGGCUUUGGGCACCUUGGGAGGAAGUACAGAAUGAAGAUGAAGCGAUCGAUCGAGACGAUUCAGAAGAAGAAGAAGAUGAAAUAGAUAAUGCAAGUGUUUGCAACGACUAUCCCGAUUUGGAGCAAGACGAUAAAGUUAUAGGAGAUCAAGAUGAUAAAGCACAAGCCGAGGACCUGGCCACGUGUCGUUUCUUUCUUGGAAAAAACGGGAUGAAAUGGUUCAAAGAGUGUCCUAAUGGAAAUCUUCGAACUAGAUCUGAAAACAUUAUAACCCAUCUUCCAGGAGUUAAGAACUACGCAAAAAUGGAGGAAACUCCACUUGAAUGCUUUCUCCUCUUUAUUGAUGGAAUAAUAAUCACACAUACAGUCAAAAAUGUAAAUAUAAGGAUCAUAGAAAAAUCUGAAAAAUGGAAGAACAAAGGAAUCAAUCCGGCAGAAAUUAAAGAAGUGUGCGGCCUUUUGUACCUAUCGGGAGUUUUUUAA